AUGGGCGCGUGGAACCUCUUCCGUGUCCUGGGCGACUUGUCCCACGCCCUCUCCAAAUGCAUCCUCAUCUUCGCUAUCCAUCGAAACAGGAGCGCUGAGGGCGUCUCCCUCAUCACGCAGAUCCUCUACGCCCUCGUCUUCUGCACACGUUACCUCGACCUCUUCAUCGAGACGGUACCAUGGAACAUCGUGUUCAAGAUCUUCUACAUCAUCUCGUCUAUCUACAUCCUUGCUAUUAUGCAAUGGAUCUACCCUCGAUCGCGUGAGCGUGAGAUCGCUUGGAAGAUUGGCGCCAUCAUCCUUGGUGGCUCAUUUGUCCUGUCUCCAUUCGUCAUGCUCAUCUUUGAGAGCCACAAGGGUUUCCGACCUUGGAUGUGGGUGUUCUCUCAGAUUCUCGAGUCCGUCUGCGUUCUCCCCCAGCUUCUCCUCCUUCGACAAACAACCGUCCCCACGGUUAUCGACUCCUUCUACCUCGUCGCUCUCGGUUCCUACCGCGCCCUCUACUGUGUCAACUGGUUCAUCCGCGAAUUCGAGAUCUCCGGCAAGAAGCCCAACACCGUCUCCGUCAUCUUCGGUAUUAUCCAGACUGCCCUGUACAUCGACUUUGCUUGGGUCUACUACACUCGCCAGCGCGUCAAGCUUCGAGGUGGCGGCAUUGUCGACGCCGACGAUAUGUCCCGUGGAUGGCUCCUCCGCCGAAUCUUUGGAAAGCGCUUCGAGAACAACGACGACGAUGAGGAGAGCGGCCCUGGUGCAUUUGAAGAUGAGCAGGGUGGCCGACGAGGAGCUCGUCCCAAGUGGGGAGCUCGUGGUAUCUCAGUCAGUGCCGAUGACGGCGUCCUUGAGCAGGACCGACACAACCGUGACCAGGACGAGUUCGGCGGUCCAGUCGACCCUGACGCCAAGAUGCAAGAUCCCGAUGAGCUUGCGCGAGCUCUCGACGACGAUGAUGAUGAGCAAACACCACUACGACCUGGACAAACAGAAGGCCAGCCCAGCGGUCUUCAAGGCGGCGAGGGCUGGCGGGACUAG